UUUAUUCUCUCAUUCUCUUUGGCUGGGCCAUCUCUAUUUUCGCUGCUCCCGUUUCCUACUUCCUUUGGAAGCGCUAGUCGCAGGUCGUCUCUCCCUCUCUUAUUUCCGCACUCGGUUUAUAUACCUACAUCACCGAUAUCAUGAAGCUCCUCAACGUCCUUCUCCUCGCCACCUCCGUGUCGGCUCUCGCCAUCGACCGCACGCAUACCGACGUUGCAAGGUCCGCGGACCUAGAGGAGGUCUCGGCUCUGCUAGCGAGACACCACGCGGGCCGCCCUGCCGCCGGUGCCAACGGCAACAACCGCAACGGUGCCAACGGCCGCAAUGGUGGAAACCGGAACGGUGGCAAUGGCGCCAACACCGGCAACAACAAUAACGGCAACGGUGCCAACGCCGGAAACGGCACGAGUACUGGCAACGGCGGGGCCGACACUAGCACCUCCGGCAACACCCUCGUCCUCAAGGAGGUCAACGGCGUGCCAGGCAACGAGUGCCUGACCUUCCGCAAUAACGGCGAGAUCGUCGACGCGGCGUGCGUCAACGCGGCGGCGGACCGGCAGAUCACGCCGACGACGGUCGACGGGGCGGCGGCGCUGCGGGUGCAGCGCAGCUUCGCGGCGGGCUUCCGGCCGGACCUGGUGGGCGUGGCGGCGUGCGUCGGCUUCAACGGCACGCACUUCCGCGCCGAGGACUGCGCGGCGGCGGGCAUCGAGCUCGUGCAGCUCGACGGCGCCGCGCUCCGCACCCCCAGCGGCGCCUGCGCCAGCGGCCACGACAACCUCGCCCAGGUCACCGUCGACCCCACCGGCGCCGCCUGCGCCUCCUUCGAGUCCACCGUCGUCGCCCCGACCGCCCCGUAGUGGAGCGAGGAGCGAGGAGCGUGGGCUUGUCGGAGCGGGAAAGGCGACCGAGGGUGCGGUACUAUGGGUACGCCGCCGAGCUCGUGCCGCAGAGAGAGACGGGGCUGCGAGGUAUUGGACGCGGCGAAGCGAUGAAUAGAUUUUACAACCCCCUUUUUUUUCCUUCAUCUGCCGCGACCUUUCUGUGAGGCCGCGCCCUCGGCCGUCGGGGCGCGGCAUGUAAGCAUACUUCGUAAUCCUACUACGUAGGCAAGGCCUAAUACAGGCACGUGUAUAUCAGCACACUCGAGUGGGAGAGGGACCAGUGACGUUCAUAAAACCAACACGAUCCGUACAUAGUCCCUAGUCCGAAAUACCUACUCUCUCUCUGGCGA